UAGUGUGACAGGCAAUCAGUAAUAAGUUACACAUGUCCCCCAAGGACACUGGCCACAGGACAACUGGACUGUGACACACUGCAGCCUCUGAGUGAGGGUGGUUUUCUUAGGGGACACCACUGAACACUCGGCUCUCCGAGGGGGAAAAACAUAGACAAGUGUCAAAGGUUAUACAGGUUGAGGGGUUAUAUAAAAAGUGCCAUGAAGCUAAUGUGGAGCCUGCUGCUGCUGGGCCUGCUGCUGGCUGGGAGCUUUAGCGUGGCUCAGGAGGAAGAUGGAGAAGAGGCAGAGGAACCAGCCGAGGAUGCAGCUGUAGAAGAUGAAGAGGCAGCUGCAGACAAUGAAGAGGCGGCGGUGGAGGUGGAAGUGCCUGAGGGUCCUGGGACAGAAGCCGGCAUGACUGAUGACCGGCAGCCUUGUGCCAUGUGGAUGGUAGGAGUGCCAGGCACUCCAGGGCACAGUGGGCACCUAGGGAGAGACGGUAGAGACGGGCACGACGGCCCUCGAGGUGAGAAAGGAGAUACAGGUGAACAAGGUGAGAAGGGAGAGCCUGGCGAAAACGGCGACAAAGGCGCUCCGGGACCUCGCGGUUUCCCGGGCAAUCCCGGUCUGAAGGGGGCACAGGGCGAGAGCGCCCUGUUGUAUCAUUCCUCCUUCAGCGUGGGCCUGACAGAUCCCGUCCCCGCCACCAACGUGCCCAUCCGUUUCAAUAAAUUCUUCCACAACGAGCAGCACCACUACAAUGACGUGAGUGGAAAGUUCCAUUGCCUCCUCCCCGGGGUCUACUUCUUCACAUACCACCUCACAGUCUACACCAAAGAUGCUCGGGUGAGCCUGUUCAAGAACGACAAGCCCGUCAUGUUCACCUACGACCAGUACCACGAGGGCAACGUGGACCAGGCCUCGGGGGCCCUCAUACUGAGGCUGCAGUCUGGGGAUGAGGUUUGGCUGCAGAUCUACGGAGAUGAGGAUUUUGGGGGGGUGUAUGCUGACAACACCAACGACUCCACCUUCUCCGGGUUUCUUUUGUAUCCUGACAUGGGAGAGUUGGUGGAAAGGAGACGUCGCUCUGUUGGAGUUAGUAGACACUGAGGUUGUGCAGGACCUGAAGGGUGAUAUUUCGAGCUGGGUGGGCUGUCGGGAAUUUUUCCUGACUGCUCUAUAUGCAUACAUUGCCCUCUGACUGGGGACUGUGGGGGGAGGGGUAAUAAGUCACUUCUUAAAUUAGUAUGUUUUAAAAGAGUGCACCAAAUGUUUUAAAUGUGUUAGUUCUAUGAUCUAUAACAUGUUCCAUUUCAAUUGUUAGGUGGAUUCUAGCAUUAGAGACAUUUAGUAUUCAAUGUAAUAAGUUGUGCACUAACAAAAAGCUUAUUGCCUGGAUGGCUUUAUGGCAGUGUCACAUAUUUGGGCAGUGUCUGUGAAAUAAUAAAAUGUGUUAUAGCAAAUGUAAAAUGUCAUCAGAUAUGCUUUCUUUGUCAGAUAGCCAUUUCACAUAGCAGUGGUUUGUAAACAAGUUCAGCAAGUGAGUUUUGCUUUGCUGCUACGAUAGGGGCGUGGGUAGGUUUGAACAAAUGGGUCCAAAACACUUCAGGAGUGUGGCAGGCAGGCCCCCCUUGGACAUUUGCUGGCUCCCAUUUAGCCAAACAGUCAGUUAGGGUUUGUCAGUAGUAUAGCCUACUUAUGGUUUGAUGACUAGGGCUUUUAUCUUUAUCAUUGGAUAAAGUUACAUGUGGUGGGAUGCAAUCCCCAAACUGAAUAAAUCUGUAUUCUAGUAAAAACUU